CCACUCCCAGAUAAUAACAAUUUCAUAUUUUAUUAAUUGGAAUUAAUCUUAGAGUCAAUUGCAAGCAGAUUUUAUUAUACUUAUAUUUCGGUUAAAUAUCACCUCUUGAAAAAUCACCUGCUGAAAAAAUAUCCAGGAAAAUGUCUUAAUUGGGUGUGUGCGGUUCUGUGUGUUGGUGCCAGAGGGGGGUGCACGAAACGAGUGUGCGCCCCUCACCAGUAGUCUAAAGCUAUUUUGAAAGUGACCCCUCAUUCGGGCACGGGACAGCGACACUGCAGCUGUUUGGAACCAUGACUGAAGAUGACGGAUUCGGUUGUCGUGGAAGGAUAUGUCAAAUUCAGAGAUGGAAAAAAGUGGAAGACUAGGUGGGUCGUACUCCGCAAGCCAUCGCCUGUAGCAGACUGUUUGGUACUUCUCGUCUACAAAGACAAGUCGGAUAAAGCCCAGGGCCACCGGGAGAAGGGCAGCAUCACCUUGGAGGAUAUCUGUGGACUGGAGACAGGUCUCUCCUAUGAGGGGGUAAACUACACGCUGGCUAUCCUCUGCCUGGGCCAGGUUGCUGUGCUGGGCUUCGACGGCAAGGAGGCUCUGCUGGCCUGGGAUAUCCGCAUCCGCUACAGUCUUGGUGAAGUCCAUAGGUUUAGCGUUGGCAUCUUACCAGGCACCAAGUUGGAGAGUGGGCCUGCAAUCCUUCACUUGUGUAACAACCUACUGGUUCUGGCCAGGGACAUCCCCCCUGUUAUCAUCGGCCAGUGGAACCUCCCGGACCUACGCAGAUAUGGACCUGUACCAAACGGCUUCGUCUUUGAGGGGGGAACGCGCUGCGGCUACUGGGCUGGCGUCUUCUUCCUAUCGUCCAUGGAGGGAGAGCAGAUCAGCUUUCUGUUCGACUGCAUCGUCAGGGGCAUCUCCCCCACCAGAGGCCCUUUUGGACUGAGGCCAAUCCUGCCUGACCCCAACGCCGCCGCCAACCAGGCCUACUCUGAGGAGAGGGUAAACCAUGAGGCCCAGGAGCUGGAGAAACGCCUUAGCAUGCUGUCUCACCAGAGCAGCACAGCCUCCUCCACGUAUGGUCUGUCUGUGGCGGGCGACGACCGCAGCAUAUCAGGCUCCUCUGACACCUCCGACACCAGCCAAUCAGACUCCAGCAUCGGCAGCCGGCUGGCCAUUUGGACUGAGCCCGUCACAACAAGCUCCGCCCCCACAGAGACCAUCAUUGGCCAGUCUGGGCCCAAGGUGGCCUUACAGGCCGAUGAUAAACUGUCCGUCAUCCAGGUGGGUGGAGCUCGUGCAGUAGCCAAGCCCCCUCGGUCCCGGCAACUGCAGGAGAUUGGUCGACAGAGCUCAUCCGACAGCGGCAUCGCCACAGGAAGCCACUCCUCCUACUCUGGGAGUUUCUCCUCCUAUGCAGGUAGCCUGGACAUUGGUUCUGGGGGGGAUGACUUUGGCUCCCUGCUCAGCCUGCCCCCUCACCUGGACCUGGCCCCCUGUACCUGCCCCCCAGCCCCAGGACAGGAGUACCAGGUACCCACGUCACUGAGAUACCUCUACGACACCCCCCGGAAUCUACUGCAGGGGGGAACAGGAGGGGCCAGGGGGCAUCAGACCUCCAUAACAUCUAAGGACCAGGCGGGUAGUUCACCCCAUGUAAUCACAUCCUCUCGGGGUCGCUCGGACACUGUUGCC